AAUAUAACUGGUGGUGUUUAUACCCGUCCUGCACUACGUCCUAGUCUAUUUCCAAACAUUCCUCCAACUAUCAAUUUUAUAUCUGAAAAUGAGAAAGUGGAACUGUUACCAUGGGAGAUUCGUAAAUUAUUAAAAUGGAGAAUGAGCCCUAUCACACCCAAUAUAGUCAAAUCAGCUUUAGCUAGAGUAGGAUUUAGAAUCAGUAAAAAAAAUCAUGAUUGGUUGGGAUGUUUUGGUAAACAUAUGAAAUCUCAGGGAUUUAAAGCUAUCAAGGAAUAUCAGAAGUUGAAUCAUUUUCCUGGUUCUUUUCAAAUUGGUAGAAAAGAUCGGUUAUGGAGAAAUCUUUCUAGAAUGCAGGUUCAUUUUGGAAAGAAAGAGUUUGGAUUUUUUCCACAGACUUAUGUUCUGCCUCAAGAUUUAAAGUUAUUAAAAAGAGCCUGGGAGGAUGGUGGUAGUAAACAGAAAUGGAUCAUCAAACCACCAGCUUCAGCCAGGGGUAUUGGUAUUAAAGUUAUUCAUAAAUGGACUCAGAUACCUCGACGAAAGCCAGUUAUUGUUCAAAGAUAUUUAUCUCGGCCCUAUCUAAUCAAUGAUAGUAAGUUUGAUAUGAGAGUAUAUGUGUAUGUCAGUGGAUAUGAUCCUUUACGUAUUUAUAUUUAUGAAGAUGGUCUGGCUAGAUUUGCUUCCUGCAAAUAUUCGUCAUCAAUGAAGUCAUUAAAUAAUAAAUACAUGCAUUUAACUAACUACAGUAUUAAUAAACGUAAUACAGAGUAUCAGAGUAAUACUGAUGAUACUGUAUGUCAAGGUCAUAAAUGGAGUUUGAAAAGUCUGUGGAGUUUUUUAAAGAAACGUGGUGUUAACACUACUGCAAUAUGGGAUAGUAUAAAAGACUUGGCAAUCAAGACUAUUAUAAGUUCUGAGAGCCCUAUUAAUAGUAUGAUUAAAGCUAAUGUUAAAAGUCGAUACUGUGUCCAUGAAUUAUUUGGUUUUGAUGUGAUGUUGGAUGAAACUCUAAAGCCAUGGAUCAUUGAAGUCAACAUUUCACCUAGUCUACAUUCCAACUCUCAGCUAGAUAUCAAUAUUAAAGGACAGAUGAUAAAAGAUCUGUUUAAUAUUGCUGGGUUCCUGGUACCAGACAAAUCAGAUGUUGCUCAUCCUGGUUCUUCUACACAGAUAUCAGAUUUCAGGUUGCCAUCUAAUGAUUAUUGUAUGGAUAAGCGACUUUUUACAUCAGUUUUUUCACCUGAUGAACGAGCUAAACAUGCUUAUUACUGUCAACGUAGUCAAGACGAGCAUAUAAUGCAGACUAUCCUUGAUAUAAUGACCCCAGAUGACCUUCGAACUUUGACCUCAUGUAUAGAUGAAGACAGUAGAAAGGGAGGAUUUCAGAGAGUAUUCCCCACCCCCACCACUCAUAAAUAUUUACGAUUUUUUGAGCAGCCGAGAUAUUAUAAUCUACUAUUAGAUCAGUAUAUACAGAGAUUUAACAGAAUGGAACAGAAAGGAAUUUCUAUGAUCUCAUCAUACUGCGAAGAAGAAGAACAUCUACAGAAUCCUACAGACAAUGUCAGCCAUCAAUGGAACCCACCUAAUGCUACCACCCUAGCCUAUAGAGAUAGCCGUUUAUAUAGUGCUCCUGUUAAACCUACUGAUUCUAAAUCAAGGUAA